GGAACCUUGAUAGAUUUUAUAAAUACCACAAAAUUAAAGUGAAGAUUUCGAUUUUUCGGAUACCUGGCCACAUGAAAAAAUGCUGAAAACUCUGUUCGCAGUCUUGACCCUUGGGCUGAUUGUUUUGUCGAGUGCUAAGCAUGUCGACUACUCUGGGCACAAAGUCAUCAGAGUAACACCUAGAUCGGAGGAGGAUUUGGUGUUCCUGCACAAACUCCGCAGUGAUUAUGGGGUCGAUCUGUGGAAUGAGCCUAGAGUUGUCGGCGUAGAUGUCAUGAUUCAUCUGAAGCCAGAAAUGAUUAAUGAAAUCGAAGAAGCUCUGAGAAAAUACGGAAUGGAAUUUGAAGUCGCCUUUUAUGACUUACAAAGUGUCAUUAUGUCCGAAAGGAUCCUGAAUGCCCCAUCGAAUUACAGCAGGUCACAGGCUUUUGACUUCGGCAAAUACAAUCCAUAUGAUGAUGUGAUUCACUUGUUAGCAGAACUAAGCACAAGUUACCCUAAAGUUGCAAAGCUUCAAACUAUCGGGCAUUCAUAUGAAAAUCGACCCAUUUACAAUCUCAAGAUCAGUUCCGGUGAUUCAUCUGCCAAGCCUGCCAUUAUGAUGGAAUGCGGAAUCCACGCCAGGGAAUGGUCAUCUGUGGCUGCCUGCGCUUAUCUGGUCAAUCGGUUAGUAACCAAAUAUGGCUCUGAAUCUGUGGUCACGAAUUUGCUGGACAAAUAUGAAUUCAAUAUCGUUGUUGAAUCCAACCCUGAUGGUUAUGUAUACACCUGGCAAGCGGAUCGUCUAUGGAGAAAAACCAGAUCUCACAGCAGCCUCGAUUUCUUAGGCGUAUGCAGGGGAGCUGAUGCUAACAGGAACUUCGAUAUCGAGCAUUGUGGCGUUGGAACUUCCCUUAAGCCUUGUGACGAUAUUUUCUGUGGAGACAAACCUUUUUCUGAAAGCGAAGCACGAGCUCUGAGAGAUCUCAUGGUUACAUUAGGUAGCCGCCUGAAAGCUUACUUCUCCAUCCACGCCUUUUCUCAACUAUGGAUGACACCUUACGGAAUAAAGAAGACAUUGCCUCCUGAUUAUGCUGAGAUGGAGCGUGUUGGAAAGGCAGGUGCUAAAGCUUUAGCUGCGAAAUACGGUACUCAAUACAAAGUAGGAUCUAUUGCGAAUAUCAUUUAUGAAGCAGCAGGCUCGUCCGUGGAUUAUGCCUACGUUAAGGAAAACGUCAAAUUAUCUUUUGCUCUAGAGCUCAGGGAUACGGGUCGAUAUGGUUUCUUCCUGCCACAGAAGUUGAUCCUACCUAUGUGUGAAGAGACAUUCGAUGGACUGGUAGGAGCCAUCCAGGCUAUCUAAACGACGUUUCCUACUCUGAAUUAAGAGUGAAUAAAGUGUUUAAUAAAAA